GGAGCCGCGGGGAGGCCGGGCCUGGGGCGGGGAAGCCGGGCCUGGGCGGUGUGGGGAGGCCGCUGCGAGCCGCCGCCAUGCCCAAGGUGGUGUCUCGCUCCGUCGUGUGCUCCGACACCCGCGACCGCGAGGAGUACGACGAUGGGGAGAAGCCGCUUCACGUUUACUACUGCCUGUGCGGGCAGAUGGUGCUGGUGCUGGACUGCCAGCUGGAGAAGCUGCCGAUGCGGCCGCGGGACCGCGCCCGGGUGAUGGACGCCGCCAAGCACGCCCAUAAGUUCUGCAACGCAGAGGAGGAAGAGAGCGUUUUCCUGCGCAGACCUGAAGGCAUAGAGCGGCAGUUCAGGAAGAAGUGUGGCAAGUGUGGACUACUGCUCUUUUAUCAACACCAACAGAAAAAUGCUCCUGUGACGUUCAUUGUUGACGGUGCUGUGGUCAAAUUUGGCCAGGGUUUUGGGAAAACAAACAUAUAUACUCAGAAACAAGAACCUCCCAAAAAGGUGAUGAUGACCAAACGGACCAAAGACAUGGGCAAGUUCAGUUCUGUCACAGUCUCCACAAUUGAUGAAGAGGAGGAGGAGAUUGAAGCGAGGGAGAUUGCAGACUCCUACGCACAGAAUGCAAAAGUGAUUGAGAAACAGCUGGAACGCAAAGGCAUGAGCAAAAGGCGGCUACAGGAGUUGGCUGAGUUGGAAGCCAAGAAAGCCAAGAUGAAAGGAACCCUGAUUGAUAACCAGUUCAAGUGAAAUGCUGCACAUCUGCUGACUAUUCAGAGAGCAGAAGGCUACCAGGAGCUAUCACAGAUCUGUCAACAGAGCAGAAGUAACAGACAGUGUUCAAGGGUAAUGUGCUGCAUGCAGCCAGCUUGGAGGAUGAGUAACUCUCUCUCAUAACCGAUACUCUGGUACCAAUUUUAGUAACUCCAAUGGCACUGGAGACUUUGCUGAAGCUGCAGUUCUCUACAGAUGCAGUGUUAGGAGCAAGCUGCUCCAGCCAGAAUAUUUACUGUUGGAAAAUCUUCACUGGGUGCCUUCCUGAGUUCAAAUACCCACCUUUUUAUUUUGGUAGUUUUCAAAUGUGUAAGGUUUGCAUAAGUGUAUUAGAGCUAUAGGUCAACUGUACAACAAAGAAAUGGCUACAAAAGUAA